AUGCGUUCGUCGCAAAAGGCGCUCGAGAGUCGACAACAACAACAACAGCAACCGCAACAGCGUGGUGCGUUACAAAUCCGUGCUGCGCGUGUAGCUGGCGUUGAAAUCCCAAACAACAAAAGAGCCGAGACGGCGUUGACGUACAUUUUUGGCAUAGGAAACACCACCGCGAAGGCUGUUAUGGCAGCGACUGGAUUAGAGAACAAAAGAGUGCGCGAGUUAUCCGAAGAAGAAUUAACUAUUUUGCGUGAAGAAGUCGAUAAGUACAAAAACGAAGGACAGUUGAGAUCGUUGAUUUCCUUGAACAUCAAGAGAUUAAAAGAGAUUCAGUGCUAUCGCGGGAAGAGACACAUCGCCAAUUUGCCGGUCAGAGGUCAACGAUCAAAGACGAACGCGAGAACGAGAAAGGGUAAAUCGAAAACCGUUGCGGGCAAGAAGAAAUAA